UUUUGGAGAUCAACCAUGUGAGGAAAAUACCCAGCAUGUAAUAAUUGCUGGUAGUUAGCGAUAGUCACGCAUCACAUCUAAUGUAAUUCUGCAUUUCUUGUGUAGUUUGCGCCACAUUUAUUAGCAUGUUGACUGACGCAGCCGUGGAAUCGGUGAGCAUCCCGUCACUGUGGAGAAAAUGUCAGCAGUCUGCGCAGGAGUCGAGAGGUUGUCAGACUGCACCCGUGCACAGUUCUGAGGCGGUGGUCCAGACUCUCAUUACGACCAGCAUCAGCACCCAGACAGAGACACGGAACCAGACCUCAGAGGAGCUAAUCCAGCAGCCAGAGCCGCCCGGCCUCACGGACUUCUUGCUACGUGUUGAGGAUGUGGUCAUCAAAGAGCUGGUGAGAAAUGCUCAGAGCCACGCCUUCGAUGGCUUUGAGGUGAACUGGGAAGACCGCAGUCAGCUGGUUUCACACCUUCACCACCUUCACCAUCCCAGUGCUCAGGAGAGAGGUCUUCAUGUCACUGCCAUGUCCUGGAGCUGCACAGGUGCAGUUAUUGCCUGUGCUUACGGUCGAACUGACACUGGAGACUGGGGCACUGCGAGCUCGAGUGUGUGUGCAUGGAACCUGGACCGACGGGGCCUGUGCUCCAAACAAGCCGACCUGGUCAUAGAUGUUCCCACAGCGGUCACAGCCCUGUGCUGUCACCCUCAGGAUCCCGCCAUCAUGGCAGGUGGCCUGUAUAGUGGAGCGGUGGUGGUCUGGGACACCAGGAGAACUCAGGACCCCAUCACGGCCCAGAGCGGGAUGUCUGCAGACAGCCAAAGAGAGCCCAUCUAUCAGGUGGUCUGGGUUCCCCUGCAGAGGAAAGGAGAAUUUGGGGUUCUGAGUGCCUGUUCAGGAGGCCGGGUGCUGCUGUGGACGGUGGAUCCAGACCAGGCCAGGUUGAUCCUGAUUGCUGGUUACGCCUUAGUACGACAGCAGGUCCCCCACCGCAGCAGCAGCUACAAGGCUCGAGGCAGGAGUCCUGUGGGCGUCACCUCCCUGACUCUGUCCCCCUGGGACUCUGACACCUUCCUGGUAGGCUGUGAGGGUGGCCUGCUGCUCAGAUGCUCCUUCUCCUCACAGACGCCGGCUGCAGUGCCCCCUGAAGACCACAGUAUGACACUGAGAGCGCCGGCUGUCUUCUCCUUCAAGUCUCACAGCGGACCAGUCCACUCUGUGCACUGCUCCCCUUUCCACAGGAACUUGUUUGUCAGCGCAGGAACUGACGGCCUUGUGCAUGUCCACUCACUGCUGCAGAGAGAACCGCUCCUCUCCAUCAGGGUUUCAGACUCUAACGUGUUUCAGGUGCAGUGGUCUCCAGCCAGACCUCUGGUUUUUGCAACAGCUACUGGCCAAGGUGAGGUGCAGAUAUUCGACCUGGACCACAGUUCUCUGCGUCCAGCAGCCACUAUAGAACCGGGGGGUUCUGGCCGAGCAGCAACAUGUCUGGCGUUUAACCAGCGGAACCCUGAGUUGCUGGCAGCGGGUUCCACAGACGGGACAGUCAGUGUGUGGCAGCUGAGCACAGAUUUGGUGGAGCAGCGGCCCAAAGAGAGCAGCCAGCUCCAGCAGCUAGCCAAUCAGGGCUCAGAAUGAGAACCUGUGCGGAAAUGAACACAGACGCUGUGUUUCCAGUUUCUAACCAGUAUCGUUUAUUAAAGCACACUGUAGCUGUUCACAUUGUUACUAUUGGCUCUGAAAGUACAAGCUAAUGGCUAAAACAGUCACAUUCAGGUGCAGACAGAUCCACAGCGCCAUCAGCAGAAGCACACAGAGUUAACUAGAAGACGAAGGUGUUAUAUUGAGGUUUAGUGCCACAAUCAUGCAGUUUGAGUGAUGUGUUUAAGUGUGUGUGUGGG